AUGGAUGUGGGUAGAAGGAGAGACGGGGUAAGGAGUGGUGUGGUUGCAGGGUCUGUGUGGGAGAGCAGAAUGAAGAUUGAUGAAGUCAAAGGUGGAAUUAAGGUCUUCAAUGGCGAUCAGGAGAAUUCUGAAGAUCAGAGUAAUGCUAGCAAUGGGGUUGCUGGAACUCGUACAAGGUCGAAGAGAGGUCAAGCUGGUGGUGCACUGACUGCUGCUGGCAAGAGAAAGACUUGGAAAUCUGACACCUCUGAAGGUUUUGAGAAGAACCCAAUUCAGAUAUCCAAAGCAAAAACAGAGUCUUUGAAGAAUUCUGACCAACAGUGCAAGGAACUGAGUGUGUCUGUUGAUGGGAUCAAGAAGAGCCCAACUCAGCUGAGAAGGCUUAGAUCUGAGGCAAGCAAGGAGAUUGGUGCUGCUGCUUCUGAUAAAAAUGAGAGAAGCUCAGUUGGGAUUAGGAAACCAAGGAAUGAAUUACGGAAAAGUGCUAGUGAUUUGGGUGAAGCUAGUGUGGGAAUUGAGAAAAAUUCAGCUCAGUUAAGGAAGGUAAAAUCAGAGUGUAAUAAGGGACUUGAUGCUUCUGGUAAUGCAAUUCAAUUGGGAAAAGCGAAAUCUGAGUCCAAUAAGGCCUUGGAUGAAUCUGAUAAGGAAAUUGAUACGCCUGUUGAGGUAAUUGAGAAAAGCCCAGUUGAGAUUGAAAACAGUGGAUCUGAGGAGAAUUGCAAGGAGUUCGAGGGUGAUGAAGAAGACGAUGGAGAUGAAUUGGAGGAAGAGGUGGAUGAGGAAAUUGAGGUUGAGGUUGAAAAGAAAAGCGUUGAUAUUAAGGAAGUCAAUGCAACAGAAGAGAAAUUGACCACCAAGGUUGUGAAUGAAGAGAAGGUAGUGAAAGUGAAUGAGGUCAAGAAGCUUCUUCACCUUGACCGCAAAGAAGUGAAAAAGCUUUAUCAAGUUCAUCAAAAUCAGAAGCCAGAACCCAUCUCCUUAAACUUGACAAAACCACUUCCUGUUAUAAAACGUGCAACAGUUCAUUCAAACAUCCCCAAACAAACUUCGUUUGCAGCUUCAAAUGAGUACCAUAACCAUACCAGCUUCCAAGAAACACAUAGCAGAUUGCAAAGUUUAGUGGAUUUAAUUAUGUGGAAAGAUAUAUCAAGAUCGGUUUUUGUAUUUGGAAUGGGAACAUUUGUGAUACUAUCAUCCUCCUACACCAAGGAUCUUAAUAUCAGCUUUAUUUCUGUCAUAUCCUAUCUGGGGCUUCUUUAUCUAGGUGCCAUCUUCCUCUUUAAGUCCAUUAUCUGCAGGGGAGCUGUUGAAGUAGAUAAUGCAAACUAUGUGGUGGGCGAAGAAGAAGCAAUGUGGUUGCUAAAACUGGUUCUCCCUUACUUGAAUGAGCUCCUCCUAAAGAUGAAAGCUUUAUUUUCUGGGGAUCCUGCUACCACAAUUAAGGUGUGGCAGCUCCAUAACCAUUUGGACGAUGUCCAAAGUGGGUAA